AUGUCGGGCGACGCCCAGGGGCCGCCUGCCGCGCAGGAGUCGUCAUGGAGCGCUGUCAGGGGCUCGAAGAUGAGCGUCAGCAUGCAGGACAGGAUGCUGCGGUACUUCUUCCCGGUGCGAGGCAGCCGACCUGGCUUCUUCUCCCCCGUGAAGUUCAAGUUCGCCAAGAACGGCCUCCCAACGCCCGUCCCGCCGGAGCAGUCCGACCCGCACCCGGCCCUCGAGGGCCCGCCGCCAGGCAAGCGGGGCAACGCGCUCCCGCCGCUCGCGCGCGCGGCGUCCGGCGAGCCGGAUGGACCAGCGGCCGAGCGGACCCUCUCGCCGUCGCGCACCGCGGCCGUCCAGAUGACCACGCGCGUCGGUCUCGGCGGGUGGUUGCAUGUAGAGCUCAAGGCGGUGCGGCCGGAGGACCUCAUCAGGCAGCAGCGCACGGGCAUCCGGUUCGCCGACAACGAGGAUGAAUCAGGCGACGAGGAGGACAUCUUCGCGUCCGCGGGCGCCAAGCACCGGCAGCGCGUCGCGGCCAUGCCCGACACGAUUGGCCGGCGCGACUUCAUUCCGGAGGUGUCGCUCCCGAGCCUGCCCUUCGCGCGCCUGAUGGGCCGCGAGGACUCCCACGGGCGCAUCCGCCCCGACGACGCGCUCCCGUCGUACGGCCACAUCGACGUGGUGCCGUCGUGGGACUACGACAGCCCGGCGCUCGAGGACAAGCACGGCGCCUUCCACCGCCUGCGCCUCGCCAUGCUCUACUCGGGCCAGGGCGGAGGGCCCACGACGAGCGAGCUGGUCAAGGAGAACACCGAGGAGCUGUUUGCCGAGAUGUCGUCGGGGUCGCUCUACGCCCAGGCGUCGGUGGCGGCGCUGCCGUCGAGCGCCUUCUCCCCGGACAGCGAGGCGUUCAAGCGGUGGAACUCGAUCCGCGUGGACGACCUGGUGAACGUGCGCGAGCUCGCGGAGUUCGCGGCGAACGCGCACCCGCGCACGCUGCACGACUGCAAGCCGAUGCUGGCCCUCACGCAGGGCCUCCUGCGGAUGCUGCUGGACAACCGCAUCAAGACGUACGAGGAGGAGAAUGUGCGGCUGUCGCAGGAGGUCGACGAGUGGAAGGAGCGCGCGCACAAACUCGGCGACAAGCUCAAACGCAACCUGAAGAAGAUGGAGUCGCGCAUCCGCCACGAGUGGCAGUCCGGGGAGGAGGACGACGAGGGCGACGAGGACGCCGCGGACGAGGACGAGGAGGCCGCGGAGGCGGAGGCCCCCCCGCCUCUGGCCGGGGCGAUGGACAUGGUGGGCAGCGAGGGGGGCUCGUUCCGGCAGCCGCGGUCGCGGCGGGUGUCGGGGGCGCGGGGCAUCGACGUGGUGCACAGGCAGCGGCGGAUGUCCCGGCACGCCGGGUUCGACGCGGCGGACGUGCUGGAGGACAUGGAGAAGGCGCUGGAGGACCUGACGCGGUUCGAGCAGGCGGAGCAGAAGUCGAACAAGAGCGGGCGGGAGCGCGCAGACCUGGAGGCGUGGAAGGAGAAGCUGGACACGAAGGAGCUGCAGAAGCGCAUCGCGACGAUGCAGGGGAUGCUGCGCGAGGAGAAGCGGCGCGCGGACGAGCUGGCCAAGGCGCGCGAGGUGCUCGAGGCGCAGGUCGCGGUGGCGGAGAAGCUCAAGGGGCUGCGCGAGGAGGAGCUGGCGGAGGCGCAGCGGUCGAACAACGUCCUCACGGGCCGCGUGGAGCAGCUCGAGGACCAGGUGGCGCGGCUGCGCAAGCUGGCCGACCAGGACGACGUGAGCGUGGCCUUCGCGCUGAAGAAGAUCGGCGAGAAGGAGCUCUCGGACUGGAUCGUGGAGUUCCACCCGGCGUCCGUGGACUUCGACUACUCGGAGCUCACGCAGGGGCAGCUGCGCAACCUGCUGGUGGCGCUGCCCCCGCGGCUCGGCGCGCGCGUCCUGGGACAGGCGGACCCGGCGGUGAUGGCGCGCGUGCUCCUCGGGCUCGACCGCGCCUCCUUCGAGGACCUCGUCAGCAACAUGUCGGGCGAGAGCCUCGCCACGGCCUUUUUGACCACCGACCAGCAGAUCUACACGCUCAUGGACCGCAAGCUCGCGUCGUCGGCGUCGUCGGGCGGCGAGGGCGGCAACGUGAGCGGGAACGUCGCGGCGCUGUCGCAGGCGACGAAGCUGGUCGCGGACGUGGCGGGGGGGGUCAACUUGAAGGCGGCCCUCAAGUGGCUGGAGAACAAGAAGGCCUACGACAGCGAGGUCAACCGGGCCGCGGUGUUCGCGCUCGCGGCGAUGAAGACGCAGCACACCGUGGCGUGCCAGAACGCGAUCAAGAACUGCGAGCCCCUCACCGCGGCGCACAUCCUGGAGGCGGUCCCCGCGCAGACCCGCGGGCUCAUCCUGGCGCGGCUGCCCAUCGACCGCGCGGCGGCGGUGCUGGGCGCGAUGGACCCCACGCUCGCGGGGCACACGAUCGCGGAGCUGCCGGAGGCGUCCGUGGGCGGCGUCCUGAAGGCGCUCAUCGCGCAGCAGGAGGCGCACAUGGCGGCGGUGGAGGCGGCGAAGGCCGCGCCGCCGCCCGCGGAGGGCGAGGAGGCGGCGCCGGCGCCGGACGUGGGCCCGGCGCUGAACCUGACGCGGGUGUUCCGCGCGCUGUCGGAGUACCACUACGCGCGGAAGGGCCUGUUCACGGGGCUGCACCAGCGGCGGCUGGACGAGCUGGCCGGGCUGUUCGAGGGCGACCAGCUGCGGAACCAGCCCAAGGUGCGGUACCUGCGGUCGACGGUGAGCUCGGACGCGUUCCUGGAGACCGUCCUGCGGCACGAGACGGACGCGGCGCUCAAGUUCCAGGGGGCGCUGGCGCGGAUGAACCCGGUGCAGAUCACGUCGUGGAUCUUGCAGAACGGCGCGGUGCCGGCGAUGUACGCGUUCCGGUCGGUGCAGGGGAGCGCGUUCUCGACGGCGCUGGCGUCGAUGCCCGUCGACAUGGCCGCGGCGGUCAUCCGCGUGGCGCGCGUGCGCGACGCCGCCAACAUGCUGCUCGGCAUGGGCCACGAGCGCGGCGCGGCGCUGCUGGCGACGUGCAGCGAGGGCCACAUCGCCGCGGUGAUCACGGAGAUGCCGCUGCAGGUCUCCGCGUCGAUCCGCGAGGUCCUGUACGUCGCGCACCGCCACGUGGACGUCAACGCCGUCGAGGAGCACCAGCUGCACUACCAGGACGCGAAGCGCUGCCUGAAGGACGCGGAGCACAUUCCGGAGACGAACCAGAAGCGCAGCCGCUGGGUGCAGGGCAUCCUCGCCGCGGGCCGGCAGAACGACCCCAUGUUUGAGGAGUACUGGAUGUCGCCCAAGGAGCGGCGCAAGGAGGCGCAGACCUCGGGCCCGCGGCAGAGCAUCAUCCAGCAGAUCGCGGCGGCGGCGGGGCGGACGCCGUCGUCGCAGAGCAUGCCGCCCGCGCCCGGCGCGCUGGGCCGCACGGCGACGAUCAACAACAUCCUGCGGCAGGGGUCGGUGUCGGUGAACCAGUGCCUGGACUCGCCGGACCUGGCGGUGCGGGAGCUGAUCAAGAUCGGGAACAUGGGGUCCGCGCUGAAGCUGGCGUCGGAGCUGGACGAGGUGCACCACGCGGAGGUGGUGCAGCUGGGGCGGUCGGGGUCGGUGGUGCGCGGGGCGGGGUCGAUGGGCGCGGACGCGAUGGAGGACGCGCUGGUGGGCGAGGACACGCAGACGGCGGAGGAGAAGCUGGACUCGCUGUGCAACGAGGCCGUGCGGCACCUGGCGUCGAUGGAGCCCCCCGUGGUGGCCGACGUGCUGAUGCGGUCGCGCGCCGACCUCGCGCUGACGUGCCUGCACCGCCUCCCGACGCCGGUCGUGACCGGCGUGUACGCGCACGUGGGCGCGAUCAACGAGCACGUACAGGCGUACUGGAACUCGAUGGCGCCCGAGGCGCCCUACUGGCGCGUGUCGGAGGUCAUCGGCGAGGUCCAGGAGACGCUGUUCGCGGCCGAGUGCCGGAAGCACCUCGAGUUCAUCGCGGAGGCGCUCCGCCGCGUGUACAACGUGCGCACGACCGUCGUGCAGGUCGUGCGCAACAACGCCACGUCCUUCCACACCAAGAACACCGUCCCGACGCCCCGGAGCAUCCGCGAGGUCACCGCGCUCAUGCACGUGCACGGCAUCGGGUCGCUCAACCCGUGCGACGUCGUCCCGGUCUCGGCGGACCUCGACGUGGUCUACUCGAGCGAGCUCGACUGGCCGCUGGCCCCCAACAUCGCCAUGGAGAAGGACGACCUGCUCGCGGAGGGCGGCGACAGCGGGCACCCGCCGGCGCCCGUCGAGAGCACGGGCCGGCGGCGGCGCGAGUCGCAGGGCGCGCCCGUGGAGCGCACCGCGCGCCCGUCGCUCCCGCUGGGGCAGAUUGCCACCGCGCAGGGCAGCGACGGGUCGCAGAGCCUCAAGCUGCCGGAGCGCGUGGUCACGCGGCUGGUCGACAACACGACGGUGAUGGGCGCGCUCGAGCGCACGAACGGGUGCAUGGCGCUGUUCAAGAAGUGCGCGCGCAGCUUCAACGUCGAGGUGGUGGACUCCAUGAUCGGCGUGCCCAUCCUGCACCCGCGGCGGCACAAGGACGAGAAGGACUACGUCCUCGGCAUGGUCGCGAUGUCCGGGUGGGCGCCCGGGAAGGACUGCGAGCUGUGCGGGAUGACGCCGCUGGACCCCACAGUGGGCAUCGGGGUGUGCAUGCACCGGAACCCGGCGGUGAUCCGGCUCGCGCAGCAGCUCGCGGACCAGAUGGGGGACUGGAUCUACAAGCAGACGGCGGAACUGGACUUCAUCAAGGAGACGGAGGCGGAGUUCGAGAGCUCGCCGACGGGGAAGCUGUCGGUGCCGGAGGACCUCAAGGGGCUGCGGCACCGGUGCUACGCGCUGGGGCGGCUGAUCGGGGACGUGGAGCAGAAGCUCGAGGAGAUGCUGCGGCUGCUGGUGGAGAUCAAGACGUACCGCGAGCCGACGAUGAACGUGGUCAAGGUCAUGGCCGCGCUGCACGUCAUGGUGAACCCGUCCGACCUCAAGAAGGUCGUGGCGUUCGACCUCACGAACGCGGAUACCGCGGACAAGGAGGGGGCGUGGUCGUUCCUCAAGUCGAACCUGACGUUCGACCCCGCGGAGGAGUCCAACCUGCUGACGUCCAUGGCGGGCAUCAGCAUGGGGCUCAAGACGGAGAUGCGCAGCACGCACAAGGCGCAGCUCGUGGAGGCCUGCUUCCGCCUCAUCGACGGCGUGGAGCACCGCGACGCGCAGCGGGCGUCCCCGGCGCUGGCCUUCAUCCGCAAGUGGGUGCUGUACCUGUACAACGGCUUCCACGUGGCCAGCAAGCUCGAGCAGGCGCGGAGGGAGGCGGAGAUCUCGGCCGGGACGCGCACCGCCAAGGACAUGCUCAAGCUCAAGUCCAAGCCCAAGGUGCCCAACGUGGCGGACGGCCUCGGCGCGAUCGCAGAGGUGUAG